UAAUCAUAUAAAAAGAAAAAUAUUGUAAUUUUCUCGUUUGGUUCAAUCAAUCUCUAUCUCUCUAGAUUUUGGGGGUUUAUUAGCGCUCUCUCUCUCUCUCUCUCCCUCCCAAUCGAGAGACGGAGCCGGCGGGGUUGAGAUUGAUGGGUUUAAUCGUGGAAGCGUUGGAUGAUGAUAACGACGGCGAAGUUUUGAUUCCGCCGCCGAAUUUUUCAAUGGUGGAAGACGGCAUUUACCGAUCUGGGUUCCCUCAGCUUGAGAAUUUCGGAUUCUUAUCAACCCUAAAUCUUCGAUCCAUCAUUUAUCUGUGUCCUGAACCAUACCCUGAGGAUAAUCUCAAGUCUCUCCAAUCCAACAACAUCAAGCUUUUCCAGUUUGGCAUCCAAGGCAAAACGGAUCCUCCAACUCCUAUGCCAAAGGAUACAGUGUUGAAUGCUCUUAGAGUGCUAGUUGAUGUUAGAAAUCAUCCAGUUCUCAUCCAUUGUAAGCGCGGAAAGCAUAGGACAGGUUGUCUCGUGGGGUGUUUGAGGAAAGUGCAAAACUGGUGUUUAUCAUCAGUUCUUGAGGAAUAUCAGAAGUACGCUGGUUUGAAAUGGAGACAAAGAGACCUAAGGUUCAUAGAGGAUUUUGAGGUGCUCAGAUUAAAGCAAUGUCUAUACAGCAUUAUCUAUCAGUACAAUGGUUAUGGUCUCAAGAGAAGAAAGUUGCUGUAUCAAGAAGAGAAUGUUGUCCAAGAACAGCAAAAACCUCAAGCCACCAAAGGGUGAAAUUGGAUUUUUUUUUUCCCUCCUUUUUUUGGAAUUUAAUUCUUUACAUUUCUUGUGAUGAUGAUGAUGAUUCUUUUGAGUUUUAGGGUAGUUUAUAAAACUUUGAGAAAACGGAGGAUUUGAUUUGGUCUCUCUCUCUUCUUUUUUACAGUUAGAGAAGUCUACAGAUUGAUUCUUAAAUUGUUCAUAAAAACCUAAGAAACAUGUCAUUUUUUAUAUGUAUCUGAACUAAGUCAAUUGAACCGAGUUUGCUACU